AGGGAAACACACAGAAGCUUUCUCUGCGUAUCCGUAUCUUUACCCUGAUUAAACUUCUGUGGCCCUUACCCUUACAGCGUAAGGUCAUCCAAUCGUCAUAGGAAAAAGAGGAAACUAAGGAGGUUUAAGUAAGCCCCUGCAAAUAUUAAUCAUAAUAAAUUCUAACGAGGCUUCAUAGAUAUACGUAUAUAGGAUUACCUUAAUUGUCUUUGGACCCUGCGAAUAUUGUUUUCACAUAUAAUCAUAAUAAUAAACCAAUUGUGCACACACGUGUCGAUUAAACACGUAUCAAAUACCUAUACUCACCGCUUUACUGUUUAAAUUUCGUGUUCGUCUCCUGCAGCCCAUAACGCCUAGUUUAGCAUAAAAUCGGUUAGUGGCGUGGGAAGACGGUGGUGUCUGGGUUAGGUGCGGUCAAAAGUAAUGACUUUCCCAUUGAUGUCUGAGUCAGCUGACAGCGCCCAUCGUGGAGGCAGCGACGGCGUUGGCAGUGUGUUCCCGCCAUUGGAGACGCUGAGCACUAACGCAGUUAACCGAGGCCUGUCCGAUCUUCACUUGCCCACUUGGCUGGGGCUGCUGGCCGCUAACAUUACCGCCCGCACUAUUAUUUUUCACCCCCUGCAGCUCUCUGUAGUACGCAAACGUGUGACGCGGGCUGAAAAACCACCGAGCGUGUUCGCGCAAAUAAGGGCGGCGUAUAAGGGCGGCGUGGUAACGUUUUCGUCACAGGAAUGCAGAAGUGGCUCUGCCGGUGCGCGGUCACUUGUAAAGGCUACUGUGCCGUGUGAUUUAGGUAGAGGAGGUGUUCGUGGGUGCUAUCGCGGUCUCGGGGCAGCUCUCGUGGCGAAUUUAAUUGGAGAAGUUAGCUACCUACUCACAUUGGAGUCUUUCAUGGAGAAUAUGGCACGAUCUUCCACCUCUUUUUAUCCAAACACAUUGAUUCUUGACCAUGGAAUUGAUGAUACACAACAGUACACCACUAAGUUUAAGUAUGGGACUCAGGAAAAGGAGGGCUUUUGCACCCCAAGCAUCUCUGCCGCCUUGGGUGCAAUGUUGGGCGACCUCGUUUCGCUUAUUAUCAUCGCCCCUGUUGUCAUAAUUUGUAAUAGGCAGAUGACAGCGGGAUACGGCAUGACCGCGGGUAACCGUUACCAGAGUAUAUUUGGCACAUUCAGCGAAGUAUGGAACUUACACCAGGUUAACCCCAAGUCAGUUGCAAUGGGCACUAGGAAUUCAUUCUGCUCGGGCGCGACAUGCACUUUACAGUGGCUGUGGUUCAGGAACGGUUUUAAGGGCAUUUACCAAGGCUUCAAUGCAGGUCUUCUGCGUAUUCCAUCUAGCGGCUGCUGGUGGGCAGUGUACACUAAGACAAAGGAAGCAAUGUACACGCUUGCCACACCAACCCUUAAUCAAUGGAAAGAAGAACGCGCAAGCGAAGAAAUUCGAAGCGGUCGAACUUUGAGCGGCGACACUGCAGGUACUACGAAGUCAAUCUGGCAGUAUAACUGGUUUCUUUCUCCAACAGACAACCCUCUGUUGAACGCUACAGCUAGUACUGUGGCUAGUGUGAUCACGACAGUUUUGUUUAACCCGAUUGCAGUUAUACAAACUCGCCUUCAAGUGCUCCCUGACAAUUACUGGAAUGAAAAAUUAGCCGCUAGAAGCGGUAAAAGCACUAUUCAAGGGGAGAUUGUAGGUGUCCCUGAUUCCAAGUUAUGCGUCGAAAGUAUGAAAAGCCGCUCCACUAUUCAUCCAUUCAAGCGAAUUCAUAUAAUAGCAACUGAUCUUGUGCAGAAAGAGGGGCUUCGAGCCUUCUUUAAAGGCGCCUCUGUGAAUGUUGCCGUAGCGGUGUUGGAUGGUCUUGUGUUUUCCUUAAUCUUCGAGUUCACAAAGCUUGGCAGUGAUAAACAGUUUAUUACGAACAACCUGCUGGAUCAAAAUACCUUGGAAAAAGGAAGUAUGAAAGAGGAAGGAAAGGGACAUGGCCUAUGGGAGUAA